AUGUCUCAUUUGGCCGCCGUUCAACCCGAGCCCAAAGCUCGACUAGAAAUUCAAAACGUCGAAACCCCACAGCUCGGCCCUGACGAGCUCCUAAUCAAGAACGAGCUCAUCGCACUCGUCCCAAUCUAUGCGAAGCAGAUCAAGCUCGCCUUCUUUCCUCCCCAAUACCCGGCGAUCCUUGGAAACAGCUACGGCGGCACGGUCGCGGCCGUCGGCAGCAAUGUAACUAGCUUCAAGGUCGGCGACAAGGUCGCAGCGGCCAAGGCCGUCGGCGACUCGGGAAACAAAUACGGCGUCUUUCAAGACAAGGUCCCGGCAAAUGUCGACCUCGACAUCCCCGCCGGCCUGAUUGGCAACUUCUCCACCGUCGUCGGACUGUUCAACGAGCACCUUGGUCUCGAGAGGCCCGACCCUGUCGGCCAAGCCUCGUUGAAAGGCAAGAAGAUUCUGGUCUACGGUGGGACUUCCAGCUUCGGUAGCUUCGCGACGCAGUAUCUCACCCAGGCCGGGUACCAAGUCGUCACCACGACUUCCCCGCCGCACAAGGACCUCGUUGCGAAGCUGGGUGCCGUCCACGUGGUCGACCACACGCAGUCUCAAGACGCGAUCGUGAAGGAACUUGUCUCGCAGGGGCCCUACGACUAUGUUGUGGACUCGGUCUCUCUGGAGCCCACGUUUGACGUCCUCACCCAGGUUGUCGCGGCACAGGGGGGCGGAAAGAUAUACACGUUGCUGCCGGCUCCCGACGCUUCGAACAUUCCCGAGGGCGUGACCGUGGAGUUUGCCCCAUGGGGCCUGCCACUCGGCAAGAAGGAGAACGCGGAAUUGCUCAAGUGGGCUUACGGAACCUACUUUUCACAGGCCAUAGCCAAUAACAAGAUUGUGGCAUUGCCCUCGCAGAAGGUUGAUGGUGGACUCGAGGGGCUAAACAAAGCGGUUGACGUGCUCUUUAAAGGAGUCAGCGGUGCCAAGGUUGUCGUCAAACUCUGA